ACCAAGGGCCAUUGUGCACAUCUGUCCUGUGUCACAUGGGGAUAACUCCUAGGCCCAGAGGGAGCUCAAGGCCUGGAUUCUCCACCAGAAGCAAAGCAGAACAAAGCCCUUUCCUUCCUCAGAGGGGUGACAGCCUAGGACCUGAUUAGCACCAAAGGAGCCCCAGCAAUCUCUCCUCCCUCUUACCUGUUUGUUUGGGAUUUUUGAGAUGUUCUCACUAUGUAGUUCAGGGGGGCCUUGAACUGACUGUAUAGCCCAAGCUAGGCUUGAACUUGCAGCAAUCCUCCUGCCUUAGCCUUCCAAGCACUGGGAUGACAGGGUGAGCCCAGCCAGCGGCCCCUGGAAGAUGAGAAGGAGGUAAUCCGCCGGGCCAUCCAGAAGGAGUUGAAAAUCAAGGAGGGCAUGGAGAACCUGCGUCGCGCGGCCACAGACCGCCGCCAUGUGGGCCAUAUACAGCAGCUGCUGCAAUCUUGCAACCGGCGCCUAGAGCAGCUGCACGGCCAGCUUCGGGAGCUACACACCCGAGUCCUGCUGCCUAGCCCGGCUGAGCCUGUGGCCUCAGGACCCUGGCCCAGGGCAGAGCAGUCCAAGGCUCGGCACCUGGAGGCCCUGCAGAAGCAGUUGCAAGUGGAGCUGAAGGUUAAGCAGGGGGCAGAGAAUAUGACCCACACAUGUGCCUUUGGCACCCCCAAGGAGAGAAAGCUCCUGGCUGCUGCCCAGCAGAUGCUGCGGGAUUCCCAGCUGAAGGUAGCCCUGCUCCGCAUGAAAAUCAGCAGUCUGGAGGCCAGCGGGUCCCCUGAGCCAGGCCCUGAGCUGCUGGCUGAGGAGCUGCGGCACCGGCUACACAUCGAGGCUGCAGUGGCCGAGGGUGCCAAGAACGUGGUGAAGCUGCUUGGUGGCCGGAGAAUGCAGGACCGCAAGGCCCUGGCUGAGGCCCAGGCCCAGCUCCAAGAAUCCUUACAGAAGCUGGAUCUGCUCCAGCUGGCCUUGGAGCGGCUGCUGGAGGGCCUGCCUCCCAGCCACCCUCUGCACAGCAGGGUGGCCCGGGAACUACGAAUGGCGACGCUUGGGAACCCACAGCCUUCAGGGACACUUGUGAAGCCCACCGCCCUGACAGGGACACUGCAGGUCCACCUCCUGGGCUGUGAGCAGCCACUGGCAGCUGUGCCAGGACGCUCCCCGGUGGCUGCACUGGCCAGCAGCCCCUCCGAGGGCUGGCUUCGGGCUAGGGCCAGGCAGCAGCGUGGCAGAGGCGAGCUGGCUAGUGAGGUGCUGGCGGUGCUGAAGGUGGACAACCGAGUGGUGGGGCAGACAGGCUGGGGGCAGGUGGCCGAGCGGUGCUGGGACCAGACAUUUGCCAUUCCCCUGGAGCACGCACGGGAGCUGGAGGUUGGAGUGCACUGGCGAGAUUGGCGGCAGCUAUGCGGUGUGGCCUUCCUGAGGCUUGAGGACUUCCUGGACAACGCCUGUCACCAGCUGUCCCUCAGCCUCAUGCCGCAGGGCCGGCUCUUUGUCCAGGUGACCUUCUGUGACCCUGUGCCUGAGAGGCGGCCCCGGCUGCAGAGGCAGAAACGCAUUUUCUCUAAACAGCGAGGCCAGGACUUUCUGAGAGCUUCGCAGAUGAACCUCAGCAUGGCAGCCUGGGGGCGCCUGGUCAUGAGCCUGCUGCCCCCCUGCAGCUCACCAAGCACCAUCAGCCCCCGCAAAGAGUGCCCUCAGACCUCAGCUACACCCUACGGGACCACCAAGCCUGCGUCCCCAUGUCAUCUGCCCAAGAAGACCCCCACAGGACAAGAGCUCCAGCCGCCGCCCAAGCCCCCACGCCUCUUCCUGCCCCAGGAGCCUGUCCCGGAGGAGACGCCGUGCAACAAACGCCCCCACAUGGAGCCGAGGACCAGGCAGGCACCUGCCCUGGUAGCCUCCCCUGCCAGGAAACCCCCCCGGCUGCAGGACUUCCACUGCUUGGCCGUGCUGGGCCGGGGACACUUUGGCAAGGUCCUCCUGGUCCAGUUCAAGGGGACAGGGAAAUACUAUGCCAUCAAGGCACUGAAGAAGCAGGAGGUGCUGAGUCGGGAUGAGGUGGAGAGCCUGUACUGUGAGAAGCGGAUCCUGGAGGCCGUGGGCCGCACAGGGCACCCCUUCCUGCUCUCCCUCCUCGCCUGCUUCCAGACCUCCAGCCAUACCUGCUUCGUGACUGAGUUUGUGCAGGGCGGUGACCUCAUGAUGCAGAUCCACGAGGAUGUCUUCCCUGAGCCCCAGGCCUGCUUCUACCUGGCCUGUGUGGUCCUGGGGCUGCAGUUCCUACACGAGAAGAAAAUCAUUUACAGGGACCUUAAAUUGGAUAAUCUCCUGCUUGACGCCCAGGGCUUUCUGAAGAUUGCAGACUUCGGGCUGUGCAAAGAAGGGAUUGGCUUUGGGGACCGGACAAGCACCUUCUGCGGCACCCCGGAGUUCCUGGCGCCUGAGGUGCUGACACAGGAGACAUACACACGGGCUGUGGACUGGUGGGGGCUAGGUGUACUGCUGUAUGAAAUGCUGGUGGGCGAGUGCCCGUUCCCAGGGGACACGGAAGAGGAGGUGUUCGACUGCAUUGUCAACACAGAUGCCCUGUACCCCCACUUUCUGUCAGCGCAAGCCCUCGAGCUCAUUCAGAAGCUCCUUCAAAAGUGCCCAGAGCAGCGCCUGGGCGCUGGCCAGCAAGAUGCGGAGGAGAUCAAGGUCCAGCCGUUCUUCCGGGCCACCGACUGGCAGGCCCUGCUAGCCCGAGCUGUUCAGCCCCCCUUCGUGCCCAUCCUCUGCGGCCCUGCAGACCUGCGCUACUUUGAGGGCGAAUUCACAGGGCUGCCGCCCGCCCUGACUCCACCUGGCCCGCGAAGCCCCCUGAGUGCCCGUCAGCAGGCCGCCUUCCAGGACUUCGACUUCGUGUCUGAGUGCUUCCUGCAUUCCUGAGCCCAGUGGUGCGGUCUGGCCGGGACCCUAAGAGCCCAUAUGUGCCUGUAGGCACCCUGCCCAGCAUCGGGACUCUGGGGAAUUGAGAAGCCUGUGAGAUUCAAGGUGGUGGCCAUCGGGCUGCUGUGUGGGCUUUCUGUCACUGGGCAGAGUGUGUCCCCUUGCUGUCCUCUCACCAUCCUCUACCUUCCAGCAAGAGCCAGAUCGGAAAGGGCACCACAGUGAAGAGGGGCUUUGUUUGUCUUUUUAAUACUUGACUGGCUUUGUGGAUUAUUAAAUGUGUAAAACUGCA